AUGCCACGCCAAAAGUAUCGAGAAUUGCGCAGCCGCGCAGUGGAGCAGGAUCCAUGUGCUGGACCUGCAGACUUGCCUGCGUUUGACUCUUUCCUUGAUGCUGAUCAUUGCAUGAUGGACGUGGCUGAUGCGAUGACCGGGGGUCAACAAGAUGACGACUCGGUCUUGCUCACGGACAAUGAGGCAUUGGACACUUUCCUCUGCAACACUGGCCGAGAUGCUAUCAAUUCUUUUGGUCAGGAUGAUUGCCCGGGCUUGAGUCCCGAUUUCCCGCUGACCUGGGACAACAACAUUGGGAACCUCGCCCUGCCAACGGACUUGAACAACACCCACUGCUUCGAGACUGCCUCUCCGAUGUCUCGGGCGGAUAUCUCAACACGCCGCUUUAGUCGGCUCCACGCUGGGUUGGCUGAGCCUCAUGCGAGGCUGUUUGAGGGCAGUGAAUUGUCAGUUGAGGUCAAAGACUAUAGUAGGACAGAUGAGGAAGUCGACCAACUUUUCACAAACUUGAUAAAUGACAUGAAAAUGAACAACUUGUCGGUGGACGACAUGAUGGAAAUCAACAACGUUACAACAGAAUCUACAUUCAACGAUACAAACUUUACAACAGACUACAUGUUUGAUGGAGGCAUUACACCAUUCGCAACAACUGAUGGUCCAGACAUCUGGACAAUCAACAACGAUGCAACAAACACUUUCACCGAGAUACUAAGUGAUAUGACAACAGAUGAUAUCAUGAUCGGCCACUUGGACGGCAUGAACCCGGUUUAUGGCCCCUGCGACGCAGCUGCGGGAUCCGAGCCCGUGUCCUUCGACUCGAACAACGGCAGUCCUGAUGAGGAGAUGAAAGACUCUCCCGUCUGCGGCCCCCAAGGCGCUUCGUAUGACCUAGAUCCUAACGGGCACAGCAAGCCUGGCUAUAAGUGGUGCUGUGACCGGUGGUGGAAGGACGACGGCAAUUUCAAGAAGCAUCUGCAAAGACACGAUAAACAGCUACCGUGCGAGGCAGAGCCCCCGUCAAGAAGGCUUUGCUUCGAAGUAUUUGCGGAUGACAAGGAUCGGAAGAGGCACUACUGGGUGCACCACAAAAGAUAUGCCAAGGAGCAGAAGAUCCCGGACGAGAAAUGUCGUUGUGAGAACUGCAAUGCGACAUUCAGCAGGAAAGAUCGCCGGACGAGGCAUCUUAACAAGAAUCCAAAGUGCCGCGCAGCGGUUGAGCAGAUGUACGGAAACGGCUUGUAGUUUCCGAUGGCUAGGAGGCUUUCAUUUCUGGGUAGUGCUUUUCUAUGAAUUCAAAACUGUCCAUUC